UUGUGCUAUAUAAGCUCUACACGUCGCCGAGAAAUCAGAAAUAUACGCACAGGUGAACGUAUCUUGAAAUUUAAUAAAUAUUAAAAAAUGCGGCUAACAUAUCUAUUGUUAGUUCUUGUCAUAAUCUUUGUUAUGAUGAUCAUCGAUGAUUCCGUAGCAAAAUCAAUAGCUCUUUCUGAAGCCGACGCAAUCGGUGAAGCCGACGCAAUCGGUGAAGCCGACGCAAUCGGUGAAGCCGAUUCAUUUGGCCCUAUCGGUGCGAUAGCGCGCAGAAUUGCACUCCAAGCGGCUAAAGUGGCAAUGAAGAUAGCUAAAUCAAAAGCGCUGAGGAAAAUGGCUAAAGAAAUAGCUAAAAAAAUUGCACUCGAAAAAAUAUAA